CCGUGGCCUCUCCCGUACCUGGGAAAUCCUGUCUAGGUGUCACCUGCCCCCGACACCCCGUUUGCACCCCGCCCCCGGCCAUGACCGCUACCACGUGCCCACGCCUGGACCUUCUCUUUCCAGUUUUUCAUCGUCCUGUUGAUCAUCCUCCUGGCGGAGCUGAUCUUAAUUAUCCUCUUCUUUGUCUACAUGGACAAGCUCCGGCCUGAAGAGCUCGGCUCUCCAGGGUCACCGCCCCGCCCCCAGCGGGCCUCCCCCGCCCGGGAGAGCUGUGGCCAGCUGUCCUGGCCGACCUGGGAGAGCUGGGGAGCGGGGCGGCCUCCUGCUCUCCCCCGACCCGAGUCUGCCCUCACCUGCCAGGUGAACGAGAACGCCAGGAAGGACCUGAAGGAAGGCCUGCUGCUGUACAACUCGGAGAACAACGUGGGGCUUAAGAACGCCUGGAACAUCAUCCAGGCCGAGAUGCGGUGCUGUGGUGUCACCGACUACACAGACUGGUACCCGGUGCUGGGGGAGAACACGGUUCCCGACCGCUGCUGCAUGGAGAACUCCCAGGGCUGUGGGCGCAACAGCAGCGCCCCCGUGUGGAGGACGGGCUGCUACGAAAAGGUGAAGAUGUGGUUUGAUGACAAUAAGCACGUGCUCGGCACGGCGGGGAUGUGCGUCCUGAUCAUGCAGAUUCUGGGCAUGGCCUUCUCCAUGACCCUCUUCCAGCACAUCCACCGGACGGGGAAAAAAUAUGACGCCUGAGCGGGCCGGCCGAACGCCCCGGCCCCGCGGACACUGCGCCAGGGAAGAGGCCUUUAGCUUGUGUCGCCUGCCCGCACCCUCCAGACUGCUGACCCCUGCACCCGCCGCCCCGGCCUGCCUUCCCCGCCACCCGCUGCAGCCUUCUCGGCGGGCGGAGGCCAGGGGGGAGGAGGCGCAGAGACCUCGGGGUGCCGGGGUGCCCGGAUUCCUGUGUAUUUGCCAAAGAAGACAGGGUGGGCGGGGGGUGUGCUCUGGGAGCCCCCCGGCACCGGUGCGCUUCUGCCCUGUCCUUCCUCCGCUGACACUUUGUCCCCGCGUGGCGUGGGGCGGGAGGCGCAGGGCUCCCUCCCGGUGGAGAGACUGCCCAGCGGAGGCCCCGGUGCCCCUGGCCACCCGGAGAGCGGGUGCGUGGACGCGGGCGGGGCUGACCGUCUCCCGGCUGGGCCCCAGGAAACAUCUCGCCCAGGCUUUUUAUACCUUACAGUGUAACUUUUCUAUUUUAUUUUACUCUGAUUAUGAUUAUUCAGGAAUACUAUCUCUUGGAUAAGUUUAGGGUUAGCUUUCUGAUUUAUAACUUUUUACUGCGUUGAUUUCUGUAACGGUUUGAUUUUCUUUCUGAGGGUGGGGACCGGCGGGGACAGGGCGUGUCCGCCCGGUGUCUGUCAGGACAGACGGCUGUGCACGCUCAGGAGGCUCUCGCCAGGAUGCACUGAGGGAGGGGGAGCAGGGAGCCUGGCGGGGGCAGGGGAGACGGAGGCACAGGAGGCCGCACGGGGCGAGGCCCGCAGGGUGCAGCGUUUGCCGAGGCCCAGGCCGCGUGAGAGGCCAGGGCCGGGGGUCCUCUGGGGGCUGCGGGUGCUUUGCAGGGAAAGAGGCCGAGCGGCCGUGGGUCCUUAUGCAUCACUGAUGAGCAGUUCUUUUUCCUUCUUCCUCCCUCCUGCCCUCCGCGGGCCCGGGAGGCUCCCCUUCCACCCCUGCGGGCGUUCCCGCGACAGGUUCUGCAAACGCGUUAUUUCACAGACAUUCCUGCUAGAAACUCUUGGACAAAUACCUCUCUAGUUCACAUGCUGCUCUCACAUUGCUUCUGGAAGGGGAAGCGGUCCCUCCCUGGAGCUGCUCAGACAGCAGCAGAGGACCCACGACCACCAGAGGGGAGGGCGGAGCCGUGAUCGGUCCAGCCGGAGUCACCCGGCUACUGACUCCCUGCUGGGAGGGAGGGAGGGAUGUCCAGCCGGGUCCCAGGACCCUCAUCUCCUUCCUUGGGGUUCAUUGAUGCUGGGGUGACUGGUGAUCACGCGCUCUGCGACCCCAAGGAAGAGUACUGAAGACCCAAGAGAGGUCAGACGGGAUCCUGUUACAGUAGCCCCAGGACAAAGCAGCCUGAGUCAGGGCCUGGAGAUGGACAGUUGGGGGGCAUCCGACUGCAGCGAGGUGCCCCGACUAGGGUUCAUGCUGGUCUAAGCAAGUUGUGCAGUUAAAAAAGUAAGUCAAGGAUCCAUGGGGCUGAGCUUGGAAAGGUUUCCCCACCAGCUGGUACUUCCCCAGGUGGGCCUCGCCUGGACACUGCCUUUGUUCUGCACUGUUUGGAUGGGUGCCCUGACCUCCCGGGGGCCCUGUCUCCUCCCCGGCCUCCACCUCUCUGUUCCGAGAGCUGAGACCUGGCCACCCAGCCAGCAACCCCCUUCUCCCCUUAAGUGCAGGACGGUUGGGACCAGGAGUACAGAGCUUCCGGUGUGCUCAGGAGUCGAGCUUCUGGGUGCGGGGGAGCAGGGAGUCGGGUGCUCUCAGCGAGCUGGGUAGAGUGAGGCCACCUCCAGAGACGGCAGCGGGGUGCUCAUGGGAAAGCCUGGGGGCAGGGCCGUGGGUGGAGGCCCCAGGGGACCGGCCCUUCCCACCCUCUGGCCCUGGCUUCCUGGGAAGGAGCUUCAGCCACCUCCCGGGAGCCCAGGUCUGCAGAGCCCAGAGAGGAUGCACCACCAUUCCACUGCGAGGGACCCUCCGCAAACAAGCAUCCGAGUGGCACGGUGGGACUGCUGCAUAAUGGGUUUGCCUUGGGGGGGUUGUUUAUGCCUAUCAAUGCAAUGUAAAAUUUUUGUUAAAAUCAACAGCAAAAGCCUAGCACCUUGGUGGCAUAUGGCCUCGCUGGCAUCUUAGGUUUCUGGAGCUUCAAGGGGCGUCCUCCAGCCCUGGGGCCCCUGCCUCCGGUCCCCUCCUCCUGCUAGCCCCUGCCCCGUCCGUCUGUCCACAGAGCCUUGUCCACAGUUCCCAGAACUGCCUUCUCGCCUGGCCCUGUGCUUGGCUGUUCCGUCAUUCGGCCGAGUCCACACCGGGCGGCGGGCUCCGCGCACGGGGGCCGGGGGGCUCUUCCCAGCCCCUCGCCCGUCGUGCAGAGCGGUCCCCACCCCGCACGGAAGGCGUGCCGUGUGAUGUCAGCGAUGGGGCCCAGCGCCUUCUCAGUUUCUCCCGACCCUGCUCUCGCGGGCAGGGAAACCCCUGAGGGAAACCCCUCCCUGGCGACUCCCCUGCCAAGGUCACAGUUAGCUCCGUGGGGUCUGAUGCAGGCAGCUUACAGAGUUGACUCCCAAGGCCAGCGUCCUGCAGACCUCAGGGGAGUGCCUGUCUCCACUCGGCCUCUCUCUGCAGCCGUCUCGCAAGGGAGGUGAGCCAGCAGGGCUGAGCACGGCCCUUGGGGACCCCAGCAGGUGCCGACCCCUGUUCCCCCGCUGGAGGCCCUCUCCUCUCUCCCCUCCAGCGUGGGCCCGCGUCGUGGCCUCUCACCCUGGAGAGGUUGCUGACCCACCCCAGACCCUCACGCAGGUGUUCUGGUUUGACUUGGACCAGAUGUCCGUCCCUCCUCGCUUGGUGGCCUAAGAGUGGUCCAGGUGGAUGGAAAGGAUGUCCCCGCCUCUCCGACCCCUGCCCACCGCUGGUGGAGGUGCUAACAGCGGGGACCCAGCCAGGACGGAGCGGGAGCCGGGUGCCUGAGGUCCCCCAUGCCCCUCGGCCCUUCCGGGCCGGCCUCUUGUGUUCCUGUUCUCCCAUCCCCCCUCCGCCGCCAUGAGGCCAAGUCCAGGCCGUGUCCUUGCCUCGCCACACUGACCGGGCCCCUCGAGGGCCAGGCCUGGGGCUUGUGCCCACACCCUGCCCGCUGGGGCAGCGUGGCCGAGCGGGGGGCACGCGUGCUGGUUUCAAUGCACUUUUCUGCUUGCGAUGCCAUAUCCGUGCGCUUCCUUCAUCCUGGUCCUGGCUUACGGAACGCCAUGUUUUUAGCAUGUUUUUAAAUAAAAACUGAUAACGUGUC